GUGAUUUUGAACCGGAUCUGGCGGCGCGGUUCUACACUGCCGUUAGUGAGGCGCGCCGCUGGUAGACAGCAGCCUUCCUGGGGCGCGGCGGCAGGAGAGUGAGCGCCGCGGGCCGAAAGGGGUUGUGUGUGCGCGGGGCCGGGAGCCUCGAAAGAUGGAUACUACAAUGGUGAAUUUGUGGACUCUGUUUGAGCAGCUUGUGCGCCGGAUGGAGAUUAUCAAUGAAGGAAAUGAAAGCAUUGAAUUCAUUCAGGUUGUGAAGGACUUUGAGGACUUCCGAAAGAAAUAUCAAAGAACCAACCAGGAGCUGGAGAAAUUCAAAGACCUGUUGUUGAAAGCAGAGACUGGGCGUAGUGCCCUGGACGUUAAGCUGAAGCAUGCCCGUAAUCAAGUGGACGUGGAGAUCAAACGGAGGCAGCGUGCUGAGGCAGAGUGUACAAAGCUGGAACAACAGAUUCAGCUGAUUCGAGACAUACUCAUGUGUGACACAUCUGGCAGUAUUCAGCUGAGCGAGGAACAAAAAUCAGCUCUGGCUUUUCUCAACCGAGGCCAAGCAUCCAGUGGCCACGCCGGCAACAAUAGACUGUCAACGAUUGAUGAAUCUGGUUCCAUUUUAUCAGAUAUCAGCUUUGACAAGACUGAUGAAUCACUGGACUGGGAUUCUUCUUUGGUGAAGAAUUUCAAAAUGAAGAAACGAGAGAAGAGGCGCUCCAACAGUAGACAGUUCAUUGACGGCCCUCCUGGACCUGUGAAGAAAACGUGUUCCAUUGGCUCUACGGUAGACCAGGCAAAUGAAUCAAUAGUUGCAAAAACUACAGUGACUGUUCCCAGUGAUGGGGGACCCAUUGAAGCUGUGUCUACUAUUGAGACAUUGCCAUCCUGGCCCAGGAGUCGAGGGAAAUCAGGUCCUUUACAAGCUGUGAACAGUGACUCUGCUCUGAACAGCAGGCCACUGGAGCCAAGAACUGACACAGACAAUUUGGGCACGCCUCAGAAUACUGGAGGCAUGCGCUUGCACGACUUUGUCUCAAAGACGGUUAUUAAGCCUGAAUCUUGUGUUCCAUGUGGAAAGCGAAUCAAGUUUGGCAAGCUGUCUCUGAAGUGUCGAGACUGUCGUUUGGUGUCUCAUCCAGAAUGUCGGGACCGAUGUCCCCUUCCCUGCAUUCCCCCCCUGGUGGGAACUCCGGUUAAGAUUGGAGAGGGAAUGCUGGCAGACUUUGUGUCGCAGACUUCUCCCAUGAUCCCCGCUAUUGUUGUCAGCUGCGUGAAUGAGAUUGAGCAGCGAGGCCUGACUGAGGCAGGCUUAUACAGGAUCUCAGGCUGUGACCGGACAGUAAAAGAGCUGAAAGAGAAAUUCCUUAAAGUGAAAACUGUACCCCUCCUCAGCAAAGUGGACGAUAUCCACGUCAUCUGCAGCCUCCUGAAGGACUUCCUUCGAAACCUCAAAGAGCCCCUCCUGACCUUUUGGCUGAGCAAAGCCUUCAUGGAGGCAGCAGAGAUAACAGAUGAAGACAAUAGCACAGCCGCCAUGUACCAGGCCAUCAGUGAGCUGCCCCAGGCCAACAGGGACACGCUAGCCUUCCUCAUGAUCCACCUACAGAGAGUGUCUCAGAGUCCAGACACUAAGAUGGAUAUUGCCAAUCUAGCUAAAAUCUUUGGCCCUACAAUAGUUGCCCAUACUGUGCCCAAUCCAGAUCCAGUGACAAUGUUCCAGGACAUCAAACGUCAGCUCAAGGUGGUGGAGCGCCUGCUCUCUCUGCCCCUGGAAUACUGGAAUCAGUUCAUGAUGGUGGACCAAGAGAACAUCGACUGCCAGCGAGGCAAUGGAAACUCAACCCCACGCACACCAGAUGUUAAAGUGAGUUUAUUGGGGCCUGUGACCACUCCUGAAUUCCAGCUUGUCAAGACUCCUUUAUCAAGUUCCCUGUCACAGAGAUUGUACAACCUCUCCAAGAGCACACCCAGAUUUGGGAACAAGAGCAAGUCUGCCACCAACUUAGGUCAACAGGGCAAAUUUUUCCCUGCUCCGUACCUCAAGUAAAGCUGUGUCUGUCUAGUGUCUACUUACUGCAGGAGACACACCUGCUUGCUCUUCGGCCUCCUGUGUAAUUACUACUUUUUGCAUUUUCCAGGCUUUAAAUAAAGUUGACUGUGUAUGAGAGUUUGAGUGUUAUAUAGCUCCCUCUCACCUGGAGACUUAGCACCUUGUACUAGUUGUUGGGAGUUAUAAAAUAGGAGAUCUUUACCAGGGUUGAAGGAGAAAUGGGCAUAGGUUGGGGCUCUUGGGGGGAGGAAGGAGGAUAUCCCUUUGGCUGAAAGCCAAAUACUGAUCAUGAAAUGACUUUCCUGUGGUGUCACUUAGACAGUGACAGAAACUGUACCUCUUAGGUAACGUCUUAGUUAUCUCAGGACAAGAGAUUUCGGGACAGGAUAAAGAGCUGCACAGAAGCCAUAAGAUGGCCCCUCCCAGAACCCAGGUCCUCCACCUCCUUCAGGGACUGACAGGAGGCUUGGAGCCCUCAGUGGGGUAGGCCGAGGCACUGAUCUGAGGGUGCUUCACUUCCGUUUGGGUUAAGCUGGGUUGUAGAAAGUGCCACAGCUAUGAUCUCACACGGCGUGUUGUUCCUAGCCAGCCUCUGCCUGGAUUCUGCAGUUGAUUGGGGUCAAAGUCAGAUUGAUUUAAAGCCGAGUUCAUUCUGAUGACUGGCCCCCUUGUUCUUUGUCCAGUGGAGCCUAUUUAAAAAGUUAGUUCAGAAGUCUAUUCUCAUAAAGCAAGGAAGUUAGUUGCUUCUGUCUUUGCACUUUGGAUGGUGAACUUUUUCUGUGAAACAGACACAUAUAUGUGAACAUUGGCUUUCUUGGUUAGCAUUUUCCAGUGUUCAAAAAUGGCUUUCUUCUCUGGGAUGUUUUCUGACUCAUACUAACCCUUAUCUGUAACAUGUAUUUGGAAUAUUAUGUGGAAAAAUAAAUAGCUUUUUCAGAAUGAAA